CGGACUUGCCAUAUCUCCUGGACCCUUUAUUUUCGGACUUGCCAUAUCGCCUGGACACUUCAAACAUGCCAAAGUCUGGAAAACCCGAUUCAUACUGGGCUGGUGUUAUGUCCCUGUACGCCCAGGGAAAAUACAGAUUUUCCACUGGCCAGAGACCCGGAAGCAGGCGUUGGAGGGCAGUGAUUGAGAGGAUCCAAAGCUGUCCUCUGACACCACAGUUUGAGCAAACUGUGAGAAAACAUGACAUAUUUGGCAGAAGGAUCCCUUGUCGGUGCGGUUACCAUGAGUCAAAAGAGCCAACUGUGGCAAAUCCACCGGCUGCGCAGAGCACCAGCACUGGAGCGGAACACACACCAAAAGCCAGUGCAGCGUCUAUCCAACAGCACCUCCAACAGCACCUGAGAUGGCACUGGCAACAGAGAGUGGCCCAUCACCUCUUAAUGUCCCUGCACCUCAAGCAGCACCAGCACUCCUAUAUUCUCCAGAGGUAAGUCGUGCCAGGUUUUUACCUAAGUCUUUCCUCAGGGUGAUCAAGCCAGGAGACCGGGAAUGGAUUGCUCACAUCUUGUAUGAGCCUACUGGACGGCUGAAGCAGGACAUUCAGGACAAUUGGCACCAUCCCCCAAACCCCACAAGAUCAUCGACACCAAAUCCCCACGACUACUUUCGUCAGAGGAUGUUCAUUUGGGCGCCAAUGCGGAUGUGGGGCAUUCCUCUGAAAUGCACCCAGUGCAACCGCAAGAUGCACCACUCAGGUGCAGCAAUUGCAAAAUACCUGUCUGUCCUUGGAGCGAGGACAUUUUGAAGCAGCUGGACCCCGCAACACGCAAUAGAUUUCCCGCUGUCUUAACCACUCACAUGGCACUGGACAAGGCUUGUGUGACCCUUCUUCGACCCCGAACAGCAGGGAAUAGCUCGAGCUACCUGCAGCAGGCCUUUGAAGAGGCUCACAGUGAGGAAUGGGUGAAGAGGUGCUGUGAGUAUUUCACAGAUUGUGAGAGGCACAAAAAAUCCGGUCUCAAUCCAUCUGACGCCGUAUAUGCACCACCACCACGCUUCUGUCCGCUGCCUCUGGCCCAGUGGUUUGAGACAGUCCAUACAAACGAUGUUGUGGUUCAUCUUGAGGAGGUCAAAGGUGUUAUCACCUCAACGUUUGGCAGAAUUCUGAAACUCGACUCCACUAAGAAGAUCACAAAAAAACUGGCCGGAGAAAUUGAGGACACCGCGACAUGGAUGACCAACAUCGGAAACGAGUAUGGUCAAGUUCUUAACUCUGUCCUCACAACGGGCGAAGGUGCUGGACUGGAUGACUUGUGUCAAGGGAUCGUCAAAAGAUACAGUGAUGCUGGUGAGCCCCAACCAGACGCCAUCUAUGUGGAUAGGGACUGUUGCAGCGACAGAGGAGUCAGCCCUGUUCUCCAUUGGUUUCGGCCAUGGACAUCGACAGUGCGGUUGGAUGUGUUCCAUUUCAUGAGGCGAUUUACUAAAGGUCUCACAACGGAACACCAUCCACUGUAUGGAGGCCAAGCGGGUGGAGCUGAAGAAAAAACAUCAGGGCUAUGAACCAACUGACGCCCAGGUGUUGGCAAGCAUCAGUUCUAGCGAGCUGGCCAAACACUGCCGCAGGAGAACCCGAGGGGUAGAGGAGACCCGUGCACUCAUCAAAGGUCUUCUGGACUCCAUGUGGGACCUCGUGGACGGCACUGGGCUGCACCUCGUCAAUCAUGAGAGCAUGUCUCGAGUGUGGGAGGUCCAGCAAAAACACCUUGCCUGCAUCCAGGAUCCACCAGGAUUGCAGCUGUAUACCAACACCGGGUCGGGGCUGGAGAAAGGUGACAGAACAUUGGAUGUCCUCAGAUGUGCCAGAGGGUCCUCAUCCCUUGAGAGUUUUCAUAAGCAUCAGUGUGCUUUCAUUCCAGGGUGGAGAUGCAACGCAUUGCACACUCAAAUGUAUAUGCUGGAAGGCGUUUCGAGGUGGAACAUCAACCGUUCAGCGCAAGCUCUUCAGAUGACAGAGACAUCCCGGACGAAAAUAUAUGACGUACGUUUGAUGUCCAGUGCCAAUGCACUGAGCAACAGAGUCUUGGGAAGACCUCUUCUUCCAGAGUUUGUUCCACCCGGGAAGCCUACUGGAGAACGCAUUGCAGUGCAAUACCUCCUGGCGCAGUCGAACAGAGGAGAUCUCCUGAGCCAACAGGACAUCAGUGCGAUGCGGCCAGGCACGUUGGACGCUGUCCGAGACGAGGACAGCACGGACAUAACUGUGCCAGAUGUCACAGACAUUACUUUUCAGGAAUCUACUUUUGCACGUGAGGAGACUGCUGCAUCUUCCUGGCCAAUAUUGGAGGAGAGUGAGACUGCCGCCACAUCUGCCCCGCCCCCAUCUGAGGAGAGCGAGUCUGUCACCCCAGCUUUGGACACUAGGUGUGAUUCCAGAGGGGUUCCUGGAUGGGAGGCAGUUGAUGCCCUGGCAUCGUACCUGGUCGGGCUGAACCGAACAGUGACCGCACUCUCUAACACAGAAGUGGCAGAGAUUGUGAGGUUAUAUGGUCGUUUACACACCCAGGACCAGAUGACCCCCAAAUACACCCUUAAAAGUCAUAAAACGACUUUGCCGGGACCCUGGAGAGCCUCAAGAAAACGCAGCGGCUCUGCUCCAGGCCAGCAAGCAGCGGAAAGGUUGUACAUGGUACAUGGCAAGGCUGCUCACCGACCAGACCUCAAUCGAGUUUCUGAGUGCGUAGCUUUGAAACUCUACCAUGAGUUCCGAGUGGCCAGAAAUAGGCCAAAAGACAACAAAGGGCGGACAUUCCCCAUCCCACAAGCAAUUGUUAUGACUUACAGUCAUAUCAAACAGUUGCUGGAGGACUCGAAAGAUAUCAUGGAUCAGACAGACCUGUUGUUAGUUAACAUAAACAACACAACAGUGUCAUCCUGGCUGCACGAUCGCCAAAAAAGAACGGAGCGGGAUUCACUCCUUCAGGGGGUACAGCUUCCACAGCAAAUUGCUGUGACUGAGGAACUGCUACCUGAGCCUCGUGCCCUCCCUUCGCAGCCAGUACAGCAUGGACAAGCUCCUCUUGAGUUCCAGGAGCCUGAGAAUCGGGAGGGUGAGGCAAGGAUCCGUCAGCGGCGCAGCACCAGAACACCUGCACCACUUCCACAGAGUGCAGGGUUUCCACCUGUAGCUGGUCAGUGGCCCCCGUUGAGCUGGACCCCGUUUCCUCAAACACCCCAGGUACAACCCCAUGGCUGGUUCUCUGCCUACCAGCCACCCCCAACUGGUCCUCAAGCUUGGCCCUCCACCCACAGGGCACCUUUCGCACCCCCACCGCACCCUCAAGGCUGGUCAGCUUACCCUCAAGUACCCCCACCACACUUCUAUGCUUGGCCGUCAACAUCCCAAGCACCCACACAGGGCUGGCCGUCCGCCUACCAACCACCCUCAACAUCCUCCCAGCAACAGUCCUCAGCACCUUCCCAAACCCACCCAGAUGCACUUGACCCCACAAAUCGCCACCGCCAAAGGAGGUUGCAAAAGGCAGCCCUUGAAGAUCAGGAGCGGGCGCAAAGAGGUGAACCCCCAAAAAAACGCCACACAAAAGAGCAGUACCACUAUCAGUGCAAGCAGUGUGGCCAACCAAAAACCAAAUCAACCGGCCACUCUCAGGUGCGUGGCAAGUGGUACUGCCCUGCAUCAGGAAAGACUUUUGAAGAGUGGAAAGACUCUUUGUAAUUGUAUUUAUUGGAUUGUAUUUUUGAUUAUAUAGCAAUGAAUUAUGUAUGCUGUUGCAACUGUUGGGUUUCUCAAUGUUUGCAGACCUUUGUAAAUAUGACUUUGUA